CUCCCAGCUUGUCCUCGUCUCCCUGGUUCCGUCUCUUGUCUCCACAGUCCGUGUCUCUCAGUGGAGACAGGAGCUCAUCUACCUUCAGCCCAGUGAAGAGGAACCAGCAGCGCUCACCAUGUUCUCUGUGCUUUCCCUGCUUCUACUGGCAGGAGCACACAGCGCGACGGCAAGGCUUCACUCUCUGAAGUAUUUCAACACUGCGUCGUCUCAAGUCCCAAACCUUCCAGAGUUUGUGAGUGUUGGUUUGGUUGAUGAUGUUCCGAUCACUCACUUUGACAGCAACACAAAGAAAGUACAACCCAAACAGGACUGGAUGUUAAACACAGAUGAUGCACAGUACUGGGAGAGGCAGACUCAGAUUGCUUUGGGUAACCAGCAGAGCUUCAAAGUCAGCAUGGAAAACUUAAAGGAACGUUUCAACCGAACUGGAGGUGUUCACAUUAUCCAAAAGAUGUACGGAUGUGAAUGGGACGAUGAGACUGGAGAAGUUACUGGUUUUCGUCAGUAUGGUUAUGAUGGAGAAGAUUUCUUAUCAUGGGACCAGGAGACAGAGACGUGGAUCGCUCCAACAUCACAGAGUGUCAUCACCAAACUGAAGUGGGAUCAGAAUAAAGCUGAUCUCGCUCAGAUGAAGAACUACCUCCUGGUGGAGUGUCCUCUCUGGCUGAAGAAGUAUCUGGAGCAGGGGAGGAGCUCUCUGCUGAGAACAGAGCUUCCCAGGAUCUCUCUCCUCCAGAAGUCUCCCUCCUCUCCAGUCACCUGCCACGCUACAGGUUUCUACCCCGACAGCGCCAUGUUGUUCUGGAGGAGAGACGGGGAGGAGCUUCAUGAGGACGUGUACCGUGGAGAGGUUCUCCCCAACCAUGACGGGACCUUCCAGAUGAGCGCUGAGCUGAAGGUUUCCUCCAUCUCCCCUGAGGACUGGAGGAGGUACGAGUGUGUGUUCCAGAUCUCUGGUGUGGAGGAGGACAUCGUCACCAAACUGGACGAAGACUCAGUCCAGUCCAACAGAGAGAAGCCCAUCAGCGUGACCACCAUCAUCAUCAACCAUGCUGCAUGGGUCUUACCCACUCUCGCUCUCAUUAUCGUUCUCGCUGUCAUCGGACUCAUCGUGUACAAGAAGAAGAAAGCCCAGUGUACUUCACUUCCUGUGAAAGAUCCAGGUUCCUCACAGCCGCUGAGAUCAGGUGAUGGAGGUUCUAAUUCUCCAAGUGAGACGUCCUCCUGAACACAGUUCAUGGACGAGAAGCAGUGUCACCACAGUUUCCCCUUUACGCUGUAACUCAUUGAUUAUUCAUCACUCAAAUCAUAAAGUGAUAUUCAGGGUCAGACAUUGAUUAAAAUACAAAUAACACAACUGACACAUAAGCGAAAAAUAAAUGGUGGCGUUGAUUAAAUUUCAUCUUUUGGUCAUAAUAAGAAAUGUAAAGUUCCCUCUGAUAAACGUUUGUUUAAAUAUUGGUAAACCAAAUGAGGAUUAUUACUUUUUCUUUACCUGGAGUAAAGUAAAACCAGUUAAAUAUUCAGAUUUUAUUUUAUUUCUAAUUUGGCCUGAACAAGAAAGUAAUUAAUCAAGAGUUGCUUGUUUUUGUUUGUUUGUUAUAUUCAUGCUUUUCUUCACCUUUAAACGUUCAUUUGAGUGGAGAUUAUAAAAGGGUUGUGGGAUGUUUUAA